AUGGCUCGCCUGGCUCGCAAGCGCCCAGCGGCGGCCAUCGAGGCGCCCGCGUCCUUUGGCGCAGCCGGCGGUCUUCGCCGGCGUCGGCGGGCCCCGCGCCGAGUGACUCUCGGGCCCGCGGAGCACGCGCGCAUCGCGGAGGCGGUGCGGGGCGGCGCGACAGUGGGCGACCUCGUCAGGGACUUCGGGCCAGUGCGGCUGCCAGGGCGCGGCGCCACUGACGCCGAAUCGGGCCCCAAGGGCCGCUGCGCCGCCGCCGCGGGCCGCGCGCCGCGCGCGUGGCAAGCAGGCGGCGGCAGCAGCUGCGCGAGGACGCACGCGCGGAUCGCGGAGGCAGUGCGGGGCGGCGCGCGGACGGGCGACCUCGCGAAGGAUUUCGGCUUGAGCAAAAGCCGGGCGAAGGCUUUGCGCGCCUUGUACGGAGCGCAGGGCGCCGCGCCACUGACCCCAGACCGACUGACCGCGCGCGUCGCCCAAGCGGUGCGAGCCGGCGCGACCAGGGCCACGCUCAGCGCUGCUGACCACGCACGCGUCGCCGAAGCGGUACGGGACGGAGCUGGCCCGAGCGAUCUGAGGAGGGACUUCGGCUUGAGCGCGCGCCGGGCGCGGGAGUUGCGCCUCCAGUACAGUGCCGAGGGGGCCGCGCCGAUGGCGCCCUCGCGGGCACCGCGUCGGGCGCGCCGCGCCGACGCCGCCUCGACUUGGCUGACCGAAUCGAACCGCUGCUUCGCUGUGGGCGCUGGACGCCCGCCGAGGCCGGUGGAGGAGCUGAGCGGAGGCCCCGCGGAGGAUGCUGAGGCGCCCGACGGCAUUCGCCGAGGCCGGCGCUGGAUGGCACUCGGGUCCUGGACGUUCUGCCCUCGUUGCGGCCGCCGCAACGCGACUGGGCCGUGGGCGGCCAUGGCGGCCACGGGCUCUGUCGAGACCGCCGCCGCGGCCUGCCCCGGCGGGUGCGACCUGCCGCCGUCGGCGAUGGAGCGCGCCGCCCCCCGGCGCUUGGCACCUCGGUCUGCGUGCGUGGACGCCGGUGAGUGGGCAGCAGCGGUGGCCGAGGCGGAAUGGGUCGCGUGCACGCAGUGCAGCGGCGUUUGGCACUGGGGCAAGCCCGUCGACGCGCCCCCGGGCGCCAGCGAGUCCGGCCGCGUGGUGCACUGCGGCGCGUGCGCCAGCUGCAAGGCCGCCGCGGCGCAGCCUCGCUCGGGCACCGCGAAGUACUACGUGAUGCCGGCCGCGAGCGACUGGCCCGUCUACGACGCGAGCGCCGGGGCGUUCCGCGCGGCGGCGGGCGACGAGGGAGCGGCCCAGCGAUGCGUUUUUGAGCUGGCGGAGGAGGAGGCCGCGUCGCUGCCUAUCAUUGACUCGCAGCGCGACUACACCUCUGUGCGGGGCGGCCGCGCGCCGACGGCCUGCAAGAAGAAGACCAGCGUGGUCCGGGCCCGGUGGCGCGCGCGCGAUGUCCAGGCGGGCCUGCCCACCCCGCGAGCGCGGGCAGCCUUCGCGUGGCUCAUGGAGCACUCGGAGGCCUACCGGCGCUACUACGAGAUGCACCUGCAGAAGCUCGCAGCCCUGCAGGAAGCGGGCGAGGGGGCGCGCUGGAUCUACACCGCGGAGCUCCUCCUCCGGAUGCCCGGGGUCGAGGCGGCGGCUCGGCCCGUCCUGUGCCCGACGUCCGCCUUUGGCGAUUCCGAGCUGCGCCCGCGCCUGCGCGCCCUGAACCUCGCCGCGGAGAACGGGAAGCCGAGCAUCAAGGCGAGCUUCAUGCGGAAGCUGCGCAGCCGGUGCGUGGCCUACCAGACGGACUUCCCUUUGUUCGCGCUGCUCUACGAUAUCGCGCUGGCGCGGCAGCUGUCCUCCCUGGUCGCGAUUGCCAAGCAGCAGCGCGUUGCCCCGGACGAGGCGGCCGGGGAGAUGCAGAACUUCUCGGGCUUCUGGCAGUGGGAGCGGGAGAAGUUGGAGGACGUCUGCAGGCAGAUGGCGGAGCACCCGGAGUACCUGCCCGCGACGGAGUCCGAGUGGAAGCGUGGGCUCCCGAACGUCUUCAUGACGAUCGCCCCGGCCGAGUGGAAGACUUUGCUACACGACGGUAUGUUUGCGCGCGUGCGCGAGGCCUCUGACUUGACUGAGCUGCAGCCCGCCCUGACGCUGCACUUGUACCACACCAUCACGACGCUGUUUGAAAAGGUCGUUCUCGCGAGCCCGUCCGAGUGCGGCUUCAAGCGCGUCUUCCAAUACGUUCUCCGCAUCGAGUUCCAGGGGCGGGGCACGCUGCACGUGCACGUGCUGGCGUGGGUCGAGUUCGAUACAAAGGCGAACAUCUUCGGCUGCGCUCCCAGCAUGACCGGGCGCUCCCCGGGGGGUACGGACCCUGGCAUUGUGCCCGAGGACCCUCGCCCGCUGCGCUUCCUGGAGAAACUCUUCGCUGGAUCCGCGGACGCGCAGUGCAACAAUGGCCACCACAACUUCUUGAACUAUGUCACAAGCUACGAGAUGAAGGGCUCGGACGCCCUGCAAUUCCAAUCGCGCGAGAGCGAGGCGGAGCACUGCAGCGCCUGGCGGCAGACCUAUCGCUUGCUCUGCAAGAAGGCCCCUCUGGAGCUUGAGAUGACGGUGGAGUUCGCCACGAAGCCACUCAUGCUUGCCAACUACCGCGGGAGGCACCUGUACGCGCCGCUCCCGCGCGACAGGACGGCGCCGGACGAGUCGCGCGUAAACGACGGCGAAUUGUUGUACAGGGCGUACUUGGAGCGCGACCUCCGCGAGGAAGUGGCCCUGGCCAUCGGCGACGUGCGGCCCAGCCGGGAGCUCUCAUACAUCCAGUGGGCCAGGGAGCGGAAUAUCCACAAUGGGCGCGCGGCGCCGUCGCAGCCGCGCCGGGGCAGGGGCGCCGACAAGUCUAUGCAGGCGCUGGCCGUGCGAUUCCCGUUCGAACUCCUGGACAACUUCGUCGGCGCCUGGUGCGCGAUGUUCCUCCCGCACGCGGCCGACUCGGACGCGCUGCGGGCUGCCAUGAGCGAGGGCGUGCCCGUUCUGCCCGCGAAAGCCCUGUGGCCCGCGGACGACGCAGCGGCCGGCGCGCGGUUCCUCAAGGCGGCCCUGGUGGCGGCGCAGGACAAUUUCGACAACGACGAGGCGGCAAACCCGGGGUUGCUGCAGGAAGUGGUCAAGGACAUGGUGCUGCGCGGCCUCAAGACCGCUCGCAUCCGCACGUUCGUGGCGAGGCUGCGCGCCUGUCGGCUCCUGAUCCGCCGGAUCGACGCCGUGGAGGACGUGGACGCGCGCCGGAGAGCCGUGGCGGCGUGGGACCUCAGGAAGGCGCGCUGGGUGGAGAAGCUCAUCUGGUCCCCCGAGCAGAACCGGGUCCUGGACGCGGUGAAGGCUGGCGUCGAGGUGGCGGACGCCAACGUAGCGCCGAUGUCGCGCUUCAUGCUGGUCACCGGCGGGCCUGGGACCGGCAAGACGUCCGUGGUGCUGCAGUGCGCCAUCGACGCCGCGUCGACGGGCUGCCGGGUCCUGAUCGCUUGCAAGCCCAUCGGCGCGCUGGUGAGCGUGUACCGGCAGCAGCUCCCGCCCGGCCUUGACAUUGUUGUGGAGACGAUCCACAGCAGCUUCAAGAUCACGCGGAAGGCCGACGCGCAAUACGUCCCACCCGGCAGGCUGCGGCACUUCGACCUCCUGGUCUUCGACGAAUGCUCGCAGCCGGAGGACCGCGUGUGGCGGGAGAUGCGGACGGCGCUGCGCGAGCUGAGCCCCGGGCCCUUCGUGGUCUUCGUCGGGGACUUCCAGCAGCUGCAGCCCAUCCACGGCGCCUCGGUCACGCAGAGCUCGCUCCUCGCGCAGGCCCGGCAGGGGGAGAUGCGGCACGUGGAACUGCAGCAGCGCCCCUUCGCCCGAUGCACUGACGCGCCGAUGCUCGACUUCUUGUCCUACGCGCGGGAGCGCCAGCCGACGCGGGGCAUGCUUGCGCACUUCUUCCAGGGCCGCCGCCUGCGCCGGGGCGGGGCCCAGGCCGUCCAGCACGCGAUGGCCAUGGAGAAGGACCGCGCGGGCAAGCACUUCACGUUCCUGACCGUCACGAACGCCGCGGCGCGCGCCCUGAAUCUCCUUCGCCUCCGGAUGGAGUUCGGCAUCGACGAGGAGGAGCUGGACGCCCACGGCGUGCCCGGCGACCCUGGCGCCGGCGGGGGCCGCAUGAUCUUCCGGAAGGGCAUGCGCUUGCGGCUGACACUCAACAUCGACAAGGACCGGGGCUUCGUGAACGGAUGCCUCGGCCACGUCGAGGAGGUCCUCUCGGUCCAACCGCCCGUGCUCGUGCUCCGCACCACGGAGAACACGCGGCCGCUUGUCCACUACGUAUUCGCGGACGGGCAGAAGUUCAUGCCGUGCACGUACGGCUGGGCGAUGACGAUCCGCCGCUCCCAGGGCAGCACGCUGGACAUGGGCGCCAUCUGCUUCGACAGGACGCGGAGGGCGCCAACCGCGGGCAGGCGACACGGGCAUGCCCGUCCAGGGCCCAGGAUCGGCGCGGCGGCCCGCCUCCGCCGCCGCUUAGACCAAGCGCGUCGGUCCUCGACCCAGGAGGGACUUGCCCUGGUCGCUCAGGCCCACGGCUACGCGUACGUCGCGCUGUCGCGGUUUCGCACGCGAGACUCGGUCUUCUUGCUGGGGCGCAUCCGCGCGACGGACUGGCUGCCCGUCGGCGGGGGCCCCAGCGCGGAGCAGACCUGCCCAGGCUUCCUCAGCGACUCCGACGCCAGCGAAGACGAUAUGGGCGCGGAGUCAGAGGCCUCGGAGGAGGACAGUGGGCGCCCCGAAGAGGACGCGGCAUCGGGCGGCGGCGGCCUGGACACCGAUUCUGCCUGCUGUUCCGACGCGCGCUCGGACAGCGUGGACCCCGCUCUGGGUUGCUUCUCGGACUGGAGCUCCGACGCGCACUCGGAGAGCGUGGAUCCCGCCUUGGGCGACAGUCUGGUCUGGUCCUCGGACGAAGAGAGCGUCGACCCCGCGAAGGCGCUGAACUCCGUCGGGUGGCCCCUGGUCGUCGACGCCACGGAGCCGCCCGCGCCCGACGCCGCCGUGGCCAGCGCGGGCAGCGACUCAGACGGCGGCUGCAGCGGCGCCGCGUCGCCACCGCCGUCGCCCUUGGUCGCCGACUGCCCUGCGCCCGAGCCGGCCGAGGGGCGCCCGGCGUCGCCACCAGAGCCCGGCUUGGCGCUGGGCUGGGACGACGCGGCCGGCGCGUGGGCCCCGGUGGCGCCCAUCCGGCACUACUGGGCGUCGGAGGCGGGACUUUAG